AUGGCGGGUAGGUUGCGCGAAUGGUUUGGAGAUACAAGGUUUUGGUUAAAGUUUUUCAACGAUGCUGGUCUUCCAAAGGAAACUUCAAAACGCUAUACUAGCCUUUUUUGUGAAAAUCGCAUAACCUUACAGCAUCUUCGCUUCCUCGACAAGGAUCUUCUUAAAGAAAUGGGAAUCAAUGCUGUUGGAGAUAUUAUAACGAUCCUUCAAUAUUGCAAAUCCCUUGACAUCGAUAAGCUUUCUGACGCACAGACUGAUGUUGUGGUUACCUCGACAACUUCAAGCUCAGAGAAACCAUCGAUCCUCCCUGGUCACGAAUUGCCAGUGCCUUCAAAACGCCGCGUUACAAAGGAAAUGGAGGGACCUUAUGUAGUCAAGUUCCCUGAAGGCAAAACGGAAAAGACUCGACGAAUUCUUAAAAAAAUGGCAAUACCGGACAGUGGGAAUUUUUCCAACGAUCCCGGUACUUCCUCGCAGUCAUUGCGUACUGUGGUCAUUACGGCUACCCCAUCCUCAACGUCCAAAUCGGGUCCUGCUCAGGGAGCUCCUCUUGAUUUUGACGAGGAGAGUGAUGACGACAAUGAAGACUUUGAAGUUAUUAUAUCGAGUACUAGUCCCGAUGUUCGAACAGCAAAUCUGGGCACUCGGCCCUACGUCGCACGCCCCUCCGUCUUCGAUCGCCUUGGUGCGGAGGUAUCUUUCCCAAAUGUCGCUGCGGCGAAAGGAUCCUCUGCUCUACCCCCCUCCUCGUCUGCCACAUCCGGUGGCAAAACUGUCCUUGCUCGCAUUGUCGAUCGCACCAUCACUAGCAACGCGGCAGAGGAGACUCAUCUUCGUCAUAGUUUCGCUCAGUCUGGCUCUCUAAAACGAUCCGCAAGUGAAUCCAUAUUUGCCCGUCUGGGUGCUCCUUGGAGUAAAGCAGCAGAAGACGAGCCCGGCUUACCCUACCAAGGUGUUUUGAAGCUUUCUCGGAUGUCAAUGCCGAAACCACAGCCUCAAACACCAUCACCACCGCAUGUUUUAAAAUCCCCUUCCAACUCUCAAGCUCGUGUCUCCGCGAAGAGUCGCCUCGGCUUUGCUCCCUCUGCCUGCAGCCCCACUCUCAACCGAUCAGCGGGCAUCUUCGCCACUGAUUUGCAAAGAAAUUUGCGCCAGAGGUUGGGACGAUUCUAA